AUGGCACGUACAAAUGCUCGAUUGAUCCGGUUUGGGAUCUUUGCCCUGGUGCUUGUUUUCUGCGGCUACAUUCUGACAAAGGGCUCGUCGAACUCGUACAACCUGUCCAAGAGUACCACUGUGAGUCCUGAGGCGCAAUCCAGCGCAGAGACCACUGCACCGGCAGCUCCCGAGAAGAAGGAGACCACCAAGGUGUUCUCGAACAGCGGCAGCAAGGAGAAGGCCACGUUUGUUUCGCUAGCCAGAAACCAAGACCUUUGGGAACUGGUUGGUUCGAUCAGACAGAUCGAGGAUCGGUUCAACUCCAAAUUCCACUACGACUGGGUGUUUUUGAACGACGGCGAGUUCAGUGAGGAGUUCAAGAAGGUCACUUCGGAGGUUUGUUCUGGUACCACGAAGUAUGGCCAGAUUCCAAAAGAGCAAUGGAGCUUCCCAUCUUGGAUUGACACAGAAAAGGCCGCCCAGGUUCGUGAGGAAAUGAAGAAAAACAAAAUCAUCUACGGCGACUCCAUCUCAUAUAGACACAUGUGCCGUUACGAGUCUGGAUUCUUCUUCAGACACCCUCUUCUGGAAGAAUACGAGUACUACUGGAGAGUGGAGCCAGGAAUUAAGAUCUACUGUGAUGUCGACUACGACGUGUUCAAGUUCAUGAAGGACAACAAGAAGUCGUAUGGCUGGACCAUCUCGUUGCCAGAAUAUAAAGAAACCAUUCCUACUUUGUGGAAAACCACCAAGGACUUUUUGAAAGAAAACUCCCAAUACGUUGCCGACAAAAACCUGAUGGACUGGAUCUCCGACGACGACGGAGGAAGCUACAACGGAUGCCACUUCUGGUCCAACUUCGAGGUCGGCUCGCUCGAGUUCUGGAGAUCCGAUGCGUACAUGAAAUACUUUGAGUUCCUCGACAAGGCGGGCGGGUUCUUCUACGAAAGAUGGGGAGACGCGCCAAUCCACUCGAUCGCAGUCGCUCUUUUCAUGCCAAGAGAAGAGGUUCACUUCUUCGACGACAUUGGCUACUUCCACAAUCCUUUCCACAACUGUCCUAUCGACGAGGCCGUGAGAGAAAAGAACAAGUGCAUGUGCGCACCAAAGGACGACUUCUCGUUCCACUCGUACAGCUGCACGUCCAAGUUCUACGACAUCAUGGGCCUCCAGAAACCAACAGGUUGGGAGAAGUACGUUCAAUAA